AAUUCCUCUUUCUCUUUGGUAUGAUUAUUAAUAAAUAAAGAUUAAACUACAGACAGAGAGAGAGAGAGAGAGUCAGCAGCAAGGCAACCAGCGAGUCUGCGACAGCAAAGCAAGCCUGUUCUGUUUUUCAAUUGAUGUAUUAAUGCAUCAUAUGAUGUUCAUUUUUGUAUAAUAUUUCAUAUUAGCCAGUGCCAUCUCAUUUCUCGACAACAAUCAGUUCGGACCAGUAGCCUGCUAGCUGCUGAUCUCGCCCUUCAAUUCCUUCUUUCUUCUCUUCUGUCUGCCUGUCUAUUUCGAUUCCUAUCUGUAAAAAUGAGUUGGUGGUGGGCAGGAGCUAUUGGAGCUGCAAAGAAGAAAUUCGAAGAAGAUGUGGUUCCUCUCAAGCACCAGAGCGUAGGACUGAUCAUCGGCGUGACUGGCGUCGUCGGCAACAGCUUGGCCGAAAUCCUCCCACUCUCCGACACCCCAGGCGGCCCAUGGAAGGUCUACGGCGUCGCCCGCCGGCCCCGUCCCUCCUGGAAUGCCGAUCACCCUAUCGAAUACAUUCAAUGCGAUGUUUCCGACCCCGAAGAAACCCAAAGCAAGCUCUCACCACUCACCGACGUCACCCACAUCUUUUACGUUACCUGGACCAAUCGCCACACCGAGUCCGCCAAUUGCGAAGCCAACGGCGCCAUGCUCCGUAACGUUCUCACAGCAGUCAUCCCGAACGCUCCAAAUCUAAAUCAUAUCUGCCUCCAGACCGGUCUCAAGCACUACGUCGGCCCCUUCGAGUCCUUCGGUAGGAUUCAACCCCACGAUCCUCCCUUCCACGAGGAUCUCCCCAGGUUAAACGUCCCCAAUUUCUAUUAUACUAUGGAGGACAUCCUCUUGGAAGAGGUGCAGAAGAAGGAAGGGUUGACGUGGUCGAUCCACCGUCCCGGGCAUAUCUUUGGAUUCUCUCCUUAUAGCUUGAUGAACGUAAUCGGGACGCUCUGCGUUUAUGCGACCAUCUGUAAGCACGAGGGUAUGCCGCUGAGGUUUCCAGGGACAAGAAUUGCUUGGGAGGGUUAUUCCGAUGCAUCGGAUGCAGAUAUGAUCGCGGAGCAUCAGAUAUGGGCGUCGGUAGAUCCUUACGCGAAGAACGAAGCCUUCAAUUGUAGCAACGGAGAUGUAUUCAAGUGGAAGCAUCUGUGGAAGGUGCUGGGGGAGCAGUUCGGGGUGGAGGAAUUGAUGAUGGAGGAGGGCGGACUGAGCUUGGAGGAGAUGAUGAAGGAUAAGGGUCCGGUGUGGGACGAGAUUGUGAGGGAGAAGGAAUUGGUGCCAACCAAGCUGGAGGAGGUGGGAGUAUGGUGGUUCGUGGACGCCAUUUUUGGGUUGAAGGAGUCGUACUUGGCUAGCAUGAACAAGAGUAAAGAGCAUGGCUUCCUGGGGUUCAGAAAUUCCACCAAUUCCUUUAUUUCCUGGAUAGACAAGAUGAAGUCCUAUAAAAUUGUGCCUUAAUUUCAUGGCAUUUUUCUUCUUGUUGAUUCUUGAUUGAUUGGCAUUUGAUUAAUCAAAAGAAAUGAGGACGAGGCGAGAGAAGGUAAUAACUAAUAACGAUGAAGAUGAAUGUUUUGCUCUGCUGUCCAUACUUCACAAGUAUAACGUUGCUGCUGGUGAUUUCACAUUUCAGUGGAGAAUAAAAGCAAGAUGCAAUUUUAUUUUAUCUGUGUAUGUGUUUAAGUUAAGAAAGAAGCAUUUGUUCACUGAACCAAAAUUAUCGUAAGAAGCAUUUCUUGCCAUAAAAAAAAAAUGUCUCCAAGAUCACACAAAGAGGGGAUUAAUAAGAGAAUGAAAAAUUAACACCUAAAUUGUCUUUUAUUUUUGGGUAAAUGUAGUAACGUGUAAUUUUGGGUUUGUGAAAAUUGUCAUUAUAUGUGUAAUUUUCUUUAUCAAUCAACUAUAUUGAAUUCACCUCA